CCAAUCUUUAUGCUGCUCGCGGCAGCUACACACAACACACACACAAGCCAUUACGAGAAGAGAAACAGAGAGGCGUCGGGGUUUCUUAGCUGUCGCCGCCGCCAAGCCUGCCCGCCCGCGUUCGAGCCUCACCGCCGGGCGCCGGCCGGCCCUGACUCCGGAUCCGCCCGUCAGUUACUCGAGCCUGCACCAGACCCCGGCCCAGGCCCUGCUCCAACCCAUUUGUCCCCUCCUCUUCCACCGGAGCCUCGAGCUGCUGAUUUUAGUCGACCACCUCUACAUCCUCGAGCCACGGUCGUCCAUCUCCAUCUCUAGCCGCCCUGGUUCAUCUCAGGCGUUCUCUACUGGUCUCUCUGCAAGCUCUUACUGUUUGUCUGAAGGUUUCACACACUCCUGUAUUCUCCGGAACAACAAACAAACACACAGUGAGGAGAGCCUUUGUAGCAACCAACUGUUAUCUUCCACCCAGUACUACCGCAAUCUUGCAUGUAGAGAGAGGUCCAUCCCAGCAUUGAGAUCGCGAUGGCAGCUAUCCGCCCUCUCAUCCCAAAGCUCGGCGAACUGCUUGUUGGCGAGUUCACCCUCGAGAAGCGCGUGAAGAAAGGCGUGGAGUCUCUUGUCAGAGAGAUGACACUCAUGCAAGCCGCGCUGCGUAAGGUGGGGAAGGUGCCAGCAGACCAGCUCGAUGAGGGGACCAAGAUCUGGGCAGGAAUGGUGAGGGAGUUGUCCUACCAAAUGGAGGAUAUCGUUGACUCAUUCAUGGUGUGUGUGGAGGAUGGUGGCAAGCCUGCCAACCCAAAGAACAGAGUCAAGAAGUUGCUCAAGAAGACCAAGAGAUUAUUCAAGAAGGGGAAGGAUCUCCAUCGUAUCUCUGAUGCUCUCGAAGAAGUGUUUGUUCAAGCUAGGCAAUUGGGCGAGCUGCGUCAAAGGUAUGAACAAGAGACGCGGGAUUCCGACGCUGGUGCUAGUGUUGACCCUCGCGUGAUGGCCCUAUACACAGAUGUUACAAAGCUUGUCGGCGUUGAAGAACCACGAGACAAGUUGAUCGACAUGUUGAUUGAAGGUGAUGAUUGGUCGAAGCAUCCAUUGAAGACGGUUUCUAUUGUUGGAUUUGGUGGGAUGGGCAAGACAACUCUUGCCAAAGCAGUGUAUGACAAGCUCAAAGUGCAAUUUGAUUGUGGUGCCUUUGUUUCAGUUUCUCAAAAUCCCGACAUCAAGAAGGUUUUCAAGAAUAUUUUGUAUGAAUUUGACAAGUGCAAGUAUGCACACAUUCAUAAUACAGAAUGGCAAGAAAGACAUCUGAUCGAUGAAAUCAUUGAAUUUCUUAAUGACAAGAGGUAUCUCAUCGUAAUUGAUGAUAUAUGGAAUGAAAAAUCAUGGGAGCUAAUCAAGUGUGCUUUCUCCAAGAAGAGUCAUGGCAGUAAAUUAAUCACGACAACCCGUAUCGUAAGUGUCUCUGAAGCAUGUUGCUCUUCUAGUGAUGAUAUUUACAGAAUGAAACCUCUCUCGAAUGAUCUCUCGAGAAGGCUCUUCUGUAAAAGAGUAUUUUCUCAUGAGGAAGGGUGUCCUAAAGAAUUGGUGCAAGUAUCCGAAGACAUCUUGAAGAAAUGUGGUGGAAUACCGUUAGCCAUUAUUACUAUAUCAAGUCUUAUGGCUAACAAGCAUCGGAUAAACACAAAGGAGCAAUGGUAUGCUUUGCUCAAUUCCAUUGGCAGGGGACUCGCGGAAGACCGCAGCGUGGAGGAGAUGAAGAAGAUAUUACUAUUCAGCUAUUAUGAUUUACCGUCAUAUUUGAGGCCUUGCUUAUUAUACCUAAGCAUCUUUCCAGAAGAUAGUCAUAUUUUAAGAGACAAGCUGAUAUGGAAGUGGAUAGCCGAGGGCUUUGUUUAUAGUGAAAACCAAGAAAGUAGCUUGUAUGAGCUCGGUAAGAGCUACUUUAAUGAGCUAGUGAAUAGAAGUAUGAUCAGUCCAAUAGACAUUGAAGAUAAUUGGGGAGAGAAGGAGGAAGCUUGCAGUGUACAUGACAUGGUGCUUGAUCUCAUAUGCUCAAUUUCAAGUGAAGAGAACUUUGUCACUAUAUUGGAUUGCACCAAGAUAAAAAUGUCUAACUCGCAAAGUAAGGUUCGUAGAUUAUCAAUCCAAAAUAGCAAAGUAGAUGUGGAAACCACCGGGAUGGCACAAGUAAGAUCUCUUUUUUGGACCAAUAAUAUUGCUGUAAAAAAACUGGAUAUUUCACGUUUCCAACUACUCCGUGUACUGGAUUUGGAAGGUUGUGAUGUCUCAGAUAUUGAAUAUGUGGGGAAUCUGUUACAUUUGAGGUACUUAGGGCUAAAAGGUACUGAUGUCCAGGACCUUCCCAUGGAAAUAGGGAGCCUACAGUUUUUGCUUACCUUGGACUUAAGAAGUACUUGGAUAACAGAAUUGCCAUCGAGUAUUGUGCAACUAAGACAUCUGAUGUGCCUGUAUAUUGCCAAUGAAACGAAGCUGCCGCCUGGGAUAUGUAACCUGACUUCUCUGGAAGUGCUAGGUGAACCGGUGUUGUCUGACAAGGACGUCAAUGUUGUGAAAGAGCUGGGCCAUCUGACAAAACUGAGGGUGCUCCGGUUUGGUUUGCAAGAUCUGAAUGAGAGUCUAGAUAAAGCAUCAUUGGAAUCCCUAGGUAAAGCUGUGGAGGAAUCCCUAGGUAAGUUGUGCCAACUGGACAGUCUCUAUAUUGUGUCUGAUGCUGAACAUCUCAAUUUGAUGAGUGACAGUUGGGUGCCCCCUGUACAACUCCGUAGAUUGCUUAUUCCCUCAAUGUCCAGUUUCUUCCAGACACUGCCAGCAUGGAUUAAUCCUUCAUCACUUCCUCUACUCGCCUAUCUCAGUUUAACCGUGGAUGAAGUGCGAUCGGAGGACAUCCGGCUUCUUGGGAUGAUGCCGGCUCUUUGUUCUCUCAUGCUUCUAUGUCUUGCUGAUUCCUCACGAGGGAAUGUGGUGGAAGUGCCUGUCCUUUCCUCUGGUGCAUUCCCAUGUGCUACAGAGUGCUACUUCGUUUGUAUUGACGUCGUGCCGUCAAUGUUUCCACGAGGAGCAGCGCCAAGGCUUAAACGCCUUUCAUUCACCUUCCCAGCUAAGUGGAUCUCCCAUGAAAACAUUGAUUUGGGCAUGCGGCACCUCCCUUCCCUAGAGGAAGUCGAGGUUUCAGUUGUAAAGGAGGAAGCUAGCGACUGGGAGGUGGAUGAAGCAAAGGCUGCGGUGAGGGCCGCAGUGGAGGACCACCCCAACCGUCCCGUCCUUGACCUACGUUACUAGCACACAAGCAUGCAUGGGGAAAAUUCUAGGCAGAGAGGAAGCGAAGCAUGCGUCAAGGUUUGCCAGAUAUAUACUCCUCCACGAGCUACCUCUGUUGUUCCUGUAGUUCUUUUUUUUUUCUUUCUCAUCAAGUGUCUAAUUUCUCUCUUCUUCGGUUUUUCAGUUUCAGGCGGGCGGAUUGCUCGGAUCGAUUAAUCAAAUGUCGCAAUCAGGUAGUAGCAGCUAAAAAUUCUCGUCCACCUGGGCUUCGAUGGUGUAAGCCUCCAAACCGGGUGCCGCCUUUAUUCCAACCAAAACAGUCAAGCAUACUGCGUCUGACCCAUCUUCCGGCUGUGUCGAGACGAAGCUCUCAAUCUGUCCACUCAUGUCUGAAUUCUCAACUUGCUUCUGGCAAUUCAAGAACCAUUAAAUUUGUAUCCCCCCUCCCCCCUGCUUUUCACCCAUUGCGAACCAUUAGUUAUUACUAGGUUUGGCUGUUCUCUUGCCUUCUCUUCAUUGAACUCCUUUGUUUGUAACAACUUAAUUUCAGACUCGAUGUUCAUUCCAGACACACAAACUAUAAAUAGUUGCGUCCAGUUUGUACUAUUUGUCAUAUUGGCUUAUUCAAAUAUGCCGUUUUGAUUUGACAUCUCUUACAGCUUA